CUGUAGAAGAUAGAUUUUGGAUGUCAGGCCUGGGAGGGAAUGGGAGCAAGAAGAAAGGUCUCCGUGCAGCUGCUGAUCACCUAGAAAGGAACUGCACCACACACCCCAACUCUGUUCAGCCGUAGCCUCAGCCCGGACCCCAGCCUCGACCGGUCCCAGGUCCAGCCAGCCCUACCAUGACAAAGGAGUAUCAAGAUCUUCAGCAUCUGGACAACGAGGAGAAUGACCAUCAGCACAGAAAAAGGCCGCCUCCUCCCCACUCACUCUUUCGGCGUCUCUGCUCCGGACCCAGCCUCAUCCUGAUCUCCAUCGGCCUUAGCCUCCUGCUGCUGGUGGUCGUCUGUGUGAUCGGAUCCCAGAACUCCAAGCUGCAGGAGGAGCUGCAGGCCCUGAGAGAAACGUUCAGCAACCUCACAGUGAGCACGGAGGCCAAGGUCAAGGCCCUGAGCGUCCAGGGAGGAAAUGUGGGCAGAAAGAUGAAGUCCCUGGAGUCCCAACUGGAGAAACAGCAGCAGGACCUGAGUGAAGAUCACUCCAGCUUGCUGCUCCACGUGAAGCAGUUUGUGUCUGACCUGCGAAGCCUGAGCUGUCAGAUGGCCGUCCUCCAGGGCAACGGCUCUGAAAGGACCUGCUGCCCCGUGAACUGGGUAGACUAUGAAGGCAACUGCUACUGGUUCUCUCGCUCGGGGAAGCCCUGGCCCGAGGCUGAGAAGUACUGCCAGCUGGAGGACGCCCACCUGGUGGUGGUGGGCUCCUGGGAGGAGCAGAAAUUUAUCCAGCACCACGUGGGCCCUGUGAACACCUGGAUGGGCCUCACUGACCAAAACGGGCCCUGGAAAUGGGUGGACGGGACGGAGUACGAGUCGGGCUUCAAGAACUGGAGGCCAGAGCAGCCGGAUGACUGGUACGGGCACGGGCUCGGAGGGGGCGAGGACUGUGCCCACUUCACGGACGACGGCCGCUGGAACGACGACGUCUGUCAGAGGCCCUACCGGUGGGUCUGCGAGACACAGCGGGACAGGGACAGCGCCAGCUAGCAGCCUCCUCUCCCCCUAAUUUAUUUCCUCAAUGCCUUUACCUGCCAUAGGGCUCCUGGUUUGGGGACCCUCCUAUCUGGGGGCUUCUGGAUCUUCAUCUAAGAUUUGGAGGGAAGGGUGGUGUCUGAGGAAUGUAGACUGAUGUUUGGAGGGGCGAAGAGAUUGAAACCCGUGCCGCUUUCUGUGGUUUGCAGGUUAUUAUUGUCAAGUCUUUGUUAGAGUAAAAAGAAGAGAAACAUA